AAAGAAAAUUAAGUCAAGUUUCGACUAUUAAACAAAUCAAAGUGCUGGAAGGUCAACUAACUAUUAUAAAAAGCAAAAUUGAAUAUCAUGUUAAAAACCCAAGGCAACGUCGUAGCACCCACUUUGCAUCAGCCUCUUCACUCCAAAGUAACAAAUUAUUUGAAUGACCAGCGACGACAGGGACAAUUCUGCGAUUUAAUUCUUGAACUAGAAAGCGGUGAUUCGAUUUUUGGUCAUUUUUGCGUAGUAGCUGCUCAAAGUCGCUUUAUAGGAGGCUCGCAUUUCUUACAGAAAUCCCUACAGUUCUCCAUACACAAUCCUUUGAAAGUGACAAUUAAAAAUUUUAAUUGUUCAGAAUGUUUACAAACUAUAGGUGACUUUUUCUAUGAAGAUGUUGUAUCUAUUGUAAAAGAGCAUGAACCUCAUUUUAAACAGCUGGCUAAGAUUUUAAUAGUCAGUGAAAUAUUGAAAUUAUUUCAAAUACCAGAGCAAAUGCAACAAAUUGUUGAAAUUUCAAUGGAGGAUUUUUGCAAAACAUCAGAAACUGAUAUAUUAUCUGUGAAACCAUCCGAGGAGUCAACGAAUUUAAUUACAAGCAACGACAAAAAGCAAGUGCAGAAUAAGCCUGAUAAUAUAUUCGAGGAGAAGAAAACUUAUUUUAAACUAAAAAAUUCUCGUGCUUCUGCCGCCAACAGUAAAAUCAAUUUUUGCAUUGCCUGCGAUUUCAAAUGCUAUCGUGUUCAUGAGAUGAUUUCCCAUAUGCGUAGCUGUGAAGCAUCGCAUUUAACUUGUUCUUUAUGUGAAGUAGGUUUUCUGGGUUGGCGUGAAUAUGAUGCGCAUCUUCGGCGUCACGGAAGCGAUGUGAAAAAACCUUUCUUUUGCUUGGAAUGUGAAAUGCGUUUUAUGACACGUGCUGCCCUUACAUUGCACCAACCCAAACACUCGAAAGAAACACCUUAUCAAUGUCCGCACUGUGACAAGGGUUUUAAAUGGAAACAGGGUCUUAAUACACAUUUACUUGUGCAUAAUAAUGAAAAGCUUAUGCUUUGCGAUGUUUGCGGUUACAGUACCAUACAUAUGAAAGCAUUGAAAUCCCAUAAAUUACGUCAUACCGGCGAAUUCUUCAAAUGUACUUACCCGGAUUGUCAUCACCAAACUAAUCGCAAAGAAAAUCUUAAAUUGCAUAUCGAAACACAUAAGCAAGAACGUCCAUUUGUUUGCGAGAUAUGUGGCUGUAAAUUUAGCUUAAGUAAAAAUUUAAAACGCCACGCCAUCAAACAUAAUGCAGAUGAAAUGAAAAAGUAUAAAUGUCAGUUGUGCUCCUUCAGCAGUCAUCGAUCCGAUAAAUUGAAGGAACAUGUGCAAAGAGUGCAUACGGAAAAAGCCAUACAAUUAGAGUUACCGGAAAUAGUGGAAAAUGCCUUUGAAAGUAAAACAGAUUUAGACGAAUUUAGUUUACCAAAUUUAGAUAAUCAAGAAACAAAAGCGGAUAAACGAACAACUCUUAAAAAAGUCGAAGAUAAAUAUAAGAAAAGGACAAGAAAGAAAAUGAAUUCGAAAGCAAAAAUGGAACGUAAAUUAAAAACUAUUGCACCUAAAGUUGAAACAGUUCUAAGCAAUGCCAAUAAACUUGAAAAUUUAGAAAAUAAAAAAACGUAA